UGUGUGUAAUAUUUGAUGCGGCUUAUAAAUGGAAACUCACAAAUCUCUAUGAAAUUUAGUUUCUGACCGCUUUGAUAUUUGAUAUGUACAUUAAAUAACAACCAUUCAAUUAAUUUAAUAAAAAUGGAUUCCUUUAAACAAAAUGACGGCAAUCGUGAUGAGUUAAUCAUACAACAACAACGCGAUAUUGAAAAAGAAAUAAGUGAUUCCACCCCCUUGGUCGGUGAACAAUUACCAUUAACGUGCCUCUGGGCCGAAUAUAAUGGCGAUGACGUUUUCACUGCAAAAAUUCAAGAUUUAGCAAAAAAGUAUAAGUUUAUCAGACGCACCCGCCCUGAUGGAAACUGCUUUUUUCGAGCUUUUGCAUACUCUUAUAUGGAGUACUUAAUAUCAAAUAACAGUGCAUAUAAAGAAUUCCAAAAGUUGGCAGAAGAUUCUAAAGAUAAGCUGGUUGAACUUGGAUUUCCUAGUUUCACAUUGGAAGACUUUCACGAGACAUUCAUGGAAGUUAUCAGACGCGUUAGUCCAGAUAACCCAGGGGGUUACAAUAAAGUUCAAAGCGAACUGCACAAAAUAUUCAAUGAGCAGGGUUAUUCCGAUUACGUGGUUGUUUAUUUACGUUUAAUAACAUCCGGAAAACUCCAGGAAGAGGCAGAGUUUUAUCAAAAUUUUAUUGAAGGCGAUUUCACCAUUGAAGAGUUUCGUCAUCAAGAAGUUGAACCUAUGUUCAAGGAAUCUGAUCAUAUCCAUAUAAUUGCACUAUGUGCAGCUCUUGGUGCUGGUGUACGUGUGGAAUACCUGGACAGAGGAGAAGGUUGUAUUGUGAAAGCCCACGAUUUCCCCGAAGGAACGGAGCCGACGAUUUACCUAAUAUAUAGACCUGGUCACUAUGAUAUACUCUAUCCAAAUUAAGUCGAGCUACUUAUGUUCUUUUAAAUUAAGUCUGUAACAUAAUGUUAACUUUUGUUAUAGUAGGUUUCAACCAAAAUAAAAACACGCCGCAAGUAAAAAGCUA